GGUCCGCCAGAAACAAGGGUUCAGGACAACGUAUCGAAAAAUUCAAACUAUCCCAGCCCCUUUGCUUGACGUGACAUACGACGUAGCGUCAAGGAAGCUUUUCGAUAGACAUAUACAGGGACCUGGUCUCUGGUCAGUUAUCUUUGAACAUGAAGACGAAUCGAGAUGCCAUUUGCAACGACAUACGGCGUGUCGUUCGACUUCCAGUCACCGAUUUCCUCUGGCAUUUCCUGCCACCGCAGCGGCUUACGCAGGAGGAGCUUGGCGUAGUGACGACGAAGCUCACAGAGGGAUGGUGCAUUCACGCGCACUUCAAUGAAGCGAUGCUCGGCAUCAAGCGCGCUCGGUUUGACGCCAUUGGACGUGCCAGUGCCCCUCUCGGGGUCGUCAACAACGAGACGCGCUGGACCGACUACGCUACGCCGCCGUCGCAGCGUGAAGGCAGCGAACAGGACGUGUACGCCGACUUGGUCGAUAUAUAUGGCCAAGUCGUGCAGCGCUGCUUGGAGGUUAAGGACGGCCUAGAACAGACUUGCGCGCUGAAGAGUAAUGGCGCUCGCUCACUUCCGAGCCAGAAGGUGAACACGGCGAUGCCGGGUGGCGUUCAUCAGCUGAAGAUCGAAUUCGGUGGCAUGUUCGACUGGGAUAGCACUGUCGUUGCCGAGGAGUACAAACUCUUGAAGGGCGCGCAGCAGUCGCCUGCGGACGAGGAUGACGAGGAUGUAGGGGCUGGCUCGGACGUCGAGGAGGACGAAGAAGAAAGCGAUGCAUUCGAGGAUGAGUAUGACGACUCCGAGAACCAGACAGUGGCGGAUCUUCUACUAGACAACUCCAAGAAGGUCAUUUGGAGCAUGCAUCAUAUCAUGCGGACCGAUGCUCGCCGGCGCUUCACCUUUGGCAUCACCAUUGCAGACACCGAGGUUCGCCUUUGGCAUGUCAAUCGCGCCGUCAUCGUCGCGAGCCAGUCUUUUGACCUCAACACGGAUGCCAACCUGGUCAUCGAUGUGUACUCUCGGCUCGCGUUUGCCAUUCCCGAAGAGCUUGGGUACGAUCUCUCGAUGGAGCGCCUCCUCUCCGAUCCAGAUCCUUCGCCCGACCGUACGAAUGGCAAGCGCUGGAAGAAUCAGUAUCGCAUCAUGGUCUGCGACGAGCCUUACAUCACCGUCAAGACCCUUGCUAAUCAGGGGGCUGAGUAUGGGUUUGGAACCUGCACGCGGGUAUUUCGCGCGUACAAGGAAAGCGACAGGUUGAUCGACGCGGACAAACGGCAGUACUACGCCAUCAAGGACAACUGGUUGGAGAAAGGCCGGCGCACCGAGUGCGAAAUUUACGACGAAAUCAUGAAGCGCAUCGAGGCGCACGACUGGCAGGGGCUGUACAACGCUGCGCCUGCGUCGCGUAUGGACUACAAGGAAUACGACAAGGCCCACAGAAAACCCGCAGAUCCCUUGUACGGGCUCAGUGCAGAUGAGCGCAAGAAGUUCUUUAUCAAGGUCAUUGGGAGCGAGGAGGUGAAAGUCAACGGGGUCGUCGAUGAUACGCAUGAUGUGAUUGGUAGGCGCGUCACUUUCCCUCAGGAAGAUCGCAAAUACCUUGCUGUCUGUGACGGGGCGAAGCUGCAUGUCAAUGAUAGAGCAGUGCUGUCCGGCUUCUCGGGCAACAUGCACAAGACCUUGUACGGAGACGACGAGGACGGGCGGUUCGACGGUGUGAUUCCCGCUAGACGGCAUCACCGAACCGUCAUGGAGGAGGCGGCGACGCUCCUCGAUCUUCCUGAUAUCAAGACGACUUUUGCGACCGUCAAGGACGCUUCUUAUGCCCUCUUCAUCUUGCACUCCAUCGGAAUGCUGUUCAGGGAUGUUAGCCCUGGCAAUAUCCUGCGCAGGAAGACCGAAUCAUCUGGCAGAGGCGUCCUCGCCGACCUUGAGUACGUCAAGUGUGUUACGGAGACGCAGUCUCAUGGCGCGCGAACUGGAACUGCAGACUUCUGUGCGGUGGAAGUCGCUAGCGGCGAUUUUCUGAUUCCGGAGGAAACAGCUUCGCCGACUAUUCCACCCGACGACAACGACGGCGAUCAGCCGUCUGCUCCUGUCCUGCCUGUCGCUGGCCGCGAUCUACAACAGAAUGCCUGGAGGUUUCGUGACGUUCACGACCUCGAGUCGAUCUUCUGGCUCAUCCUUUGGCUGCUUCUUCGGUAUGACACCAACGAACAGGUUCCUGCCGAGUACGACCCCUUGGCGAAGCGCAGAACGUUCAACAAGAUCUUCCCCCAUUACAGGUUUGAGAACAAACCUGAACGGGUAGCCGUUCUUACGAAGGAUCCGGCCCUCGACAAGGUGCUCGCCUUACUGCCGCCCACGUGGACAUUGGCGCUCGGAAACGCUCUCCGCCACUUUCGCAUUGCACUCAUGGAAGUUUACGGGGGGCCGAAGCGCCAGCCCUUGCCUCCAACCAUGUGGGCCUUGAUCUAUGUAACGUGCGCGCGGGGCGAGCGCAUAGAGAGCUCGUUCACAGACUCGUUCGUGGGGAUGUCUUGCGAAAGGCGAAAGCGCAAGCGGCGGAUGCGCAGGGCUUCGUCGAAUGCAGCGCACAAAGCUGUCGGCACGAACAGACCGUCUCACAGCGCGCAGACCAAGCGUGGCCAUGAUGAAAUGGACGGCGGCGUGGAGGAGGUUGCCGGCGAGUUAGCGGGUGCCGACUCGGCGCGUUCCACGUGGCCGGAGCCCAAGCGGAGGAAGGGCGAGACUGCGCGGCGCUGACCAGCGUGAUGGGGCACACAUCCGGGGUGGACAUGCUCAUUGGCUGGAUAUCUGGAUAUCUGGGCUGACGCCACGGAGAGAUGACAAGGGUGCUUUGAGCGUCAGAUUCUUUUUGAGAGGGUGCUAGUUAUCAUGUGCACCUAUGUAUGUUUUUAUCAUGAUGCUGUACUUUGUUUUUGUGUAUGCUGCUAUGUGAUCUUCCCGGUAAAG